CGAUGUUGAGGUGGGGAAUGCGUUUGAAUGUUUAUGGUUUUACUGAAUAAAGAUUGUUCCUAGUAUCUUCUCACUACUACAAACUCAAAACUGCGUGAAAUCUCGCUAUCGAUACCGGACCCUGUGUUCAGUGGUCCUGCAGCCGGACCGAGCAUCAACUUGUUCUGAGAGUGUUUCGAAGCCGAUGCUUGAGCAGCAUCAACACAGCGUGAUGGAUCCCAGCCUAUACACAGCUCCUCCUGAGGUCCGAGGUAUGACCUGUUUGGAUAAAGAAGUCUUCUCCCAGACAGUUAUUGUCCCAGCCCUGCGUGUGCCAAAAGAAGUCCUCAAUAAAUUGGUUAAGAGCCUGAAAAAAGUGGCACUCCAGCGCCCGGGCAUACGAAGAGUGGUUGAGGUUGAAGGCAGCGAUGACGAGAGGCUCUUGUUGCUGGACCCUGCCAGUGUCUCCUCACCCAGCUCAUUCAGCGACGCAGAGGCCGAGGCGUUGCAGUCAUUUGGAGUACCUCAAGAGCUCCAGCGGUACGAGCUGCGGCUGACCUAUGACAACCUGAAGAGUGAGGAGGUUCUGCGCGCUGUGCUGCCAGAAGGACAGGACGUCACCUCGGGGUUUAGUCGAGUGGGUCACAUUGCGCACAUGAACCUGCGGGAGCACCAGCUGCCCUACAGAAACCUCAUAGGCCAAGUCAUAAUGGAUAAGAACCCCGGGGUGACCUGUGUGGUCAAUAAGACCAACACCAUCGACUCCGCCUACCGCAACUUCAAGAUGGAGGUGAUGGCUGGAGAAGAAAAUAUGGUGGCUAAAGUGCGUGAGAACGGCGUGACAUACGAGUUUGAUUUCUCCCGUGUGUAUUGGAACCCUCGUCUAAGCACCGAGCAUGAGCGUGUGGUGGCCCUUCUGAAACGCGGUGACACUGUGCUGGAUGUGUUUGCUGGCGUGGGUCCUUUUGCCAUCCCCGCUGCCCGCCGUGGCUGCACUGUGCUGGCCAACGACCUCAACCCUGAGUCUCACCGCUGGCUGCAGCACAACUGCAAACUGAACAAGGUGGAGCGUAAGGUCACCACCUUUAACCUGGAUGGCAGGGACUUCAUUCAGGGGCCACUGAAGCAGCAGCUGCCUGUCAUGAUGAAGGGGAAAGCCAGUGUGCAUGUGGUCAUGAACCUUCCUGCCUUGGCCCUGGAGUUCCUGGAUGCCUUCAGAGGCCUGCUGGACCAGGGACUUUCCUGUGAUGUGAAUCUGCCGCAGGUGCACUGCUAUGGGUUCUCUAAGGAGGAUGACCCCCAGAAAGACGUGGUGGAAAGGGCCUCAGCCAGCCUGGGGUUCUCCCUAGAGGGGCUGUGCUCUGUGCAUCUAGUGAGGAACGUGGCCCCCAACAAGGAGAUGAUGUGUGUGAGCUUCACCAUCCCCAAAGAGGUUCUCUUCAGCAGAGAGAGCACACAGACAGAAGCCAUAGAAGAACCAGCACCAAAGAGACAAAAGUGUGAGGAGACAACAAAUUGAAUAUAUUUGACCAAGGAGCUCAUUCUGAGACCUUGAAUUGUAUAUUUUAUUUUUGAUCUUUGAACUCUGUUCAUGUUAUUUUAUAAUAGUGUCAAUAAGGCUGACAUGAUCUAAAUCAUGGUUAUGCCUUGACCUAAAAAGAACAUAAACAGGUAUGUGUUGACUGUAUUUGAAAUACUGGUCCAUUAUCCAGGUCCCACAAAUAGGCAUUGUUUCAAUAGUUUUCUUAUCCAACAAUGAGCUUCAUUGUGUUUUUGUUUUUUUAAUAAAAAAAUAAGAUUAUACAAAAAUGGCAACAUAUACAUCCUGAUCUGACUUCAGACCGAAGUACACUGUCCAUAGCUCCCUCCACAAUGUAAAACAGGGGGGUAAUUUGAAUCCUGUGAUAAUUGACAGCUUCAUAUUUCUGAGUUUCUGGGUCAGUCCAGUAACGGCAUCCUGGAUGGCUCAAUGACACACAAGUCCUGAGUUGUAUCCUCCAACCAUGUCCUGGGGCUGGGUAAUGCGCACGUGGUUCAGAUACCUGCAAACAGAAAGAGAGAAGAAACAUCAGUUAAAAAUAUAAUUUUGCAACUAAGUUUACAGUAUCCUAAUGUAAGCACCUAUAGUCUUAUCCCCUCUCCUUCAACAUCCCUAUAUUAGCAUCACUGCUACUGUAUAUGUGAUGUAAAGAUCAAUCGACAGUCUUCAUAGGUGGUGAGGCCUUUAAAAAUGACCCAGGCUACACUGGACACAAUGGCGUUGAUGUGAAGUGUUUCUUGAGCAUGGGUUAAUUUUUAUCCAGACACUUAGCCCACACCCAAGGUUUUUCUAGCCCUCCAGAAUCCCCUCAGCCCCAUUUUAUUUAUUUAACCAGGCACGUUGACUGAGAACACAUUCUAAUUUACAGGGAGAGGAAGAGGGACAGUCCACCCCCCCAACCUCUUUCUCAACGCUAAGGAUCUGGAUCACGUUCUGCGCAUGUUAUUUUACGCACACAUUCGUUUUUCUAAGUAACUGCUGCCCCUCCCUUCACGUUUCACUUUUUAACUUACCCUCUUCUGAACCAUGAUGAUGUAGCUUAUGUCUCUGCCUCAUAUUUCUGAACAGCUGAAAUAAAAACCCUGCUGGUUUUAUAAAGCAUAUAUUAUGAAGGCUA